AGAUUGCAAAGGUUUAGCUCUAGCGGAAUCUUUCCAUCACCCUAACUUAAAAAAAAUAAAGAUUUAUCAUAAUUUUUUGAUUAACAAAAAAAAGUGAUGAAUUCAUUUGAAUGAGGCCAGGUGCGUGUAGUAAGGUUUUGCCACUUUUUUCAUUUGCAGAACUACUCGAUCUUGCAUAAUAUCCAUAUCUAUACAUUAUGCAGCAUUUUCUUUGGUAUUCGUUGUAAGUGUAGUAAUAGUAAUAAAACACAAACACGGCGAAAAAGUUCUUGAUUCCUUAAAAUAUUCUGAAAUUAAAAUAAAUUUGCUACACAAAAACCCAAUUUUUGUGUAGAAAAGGGUCUACUACACAAGUGCGGAAGAAAAACACCACAGAUCAUCUGAGUGUGUAUUCUAUGACUCAGAGAAUUUUAUUAUUCUCAUUUUGAUGGAAUGUGCACGAGAGAAUAUUUGCAGUGAAUAAUAUAAAAAAAGAUGGCAAAAGUUUGGCUCUAGCUUAUUUAAUAAACUUUAUUUUAUUUUUAGCUUUUGAUGAAUUCCAUUGAAUGAAACUAUUUUUGGUAUACGACAAAUAAUAUCAUGUGAUAUAUUUCAAUAAUCUGGAUUUGAUUUAGCGUUGAAAUAAAUAUCAAAACAUGAUAAUCUCAAAAUAGCGAAUUCAUUCUUCUGGUUCGUUCUGCUUCCUAUUGCUCGCUCCGGUUCAUAGUUUGACAUAGUGAGACUGUUUGCUGAUACCGAUUAUAUUAUCAAAAGCUGCUCACGUGCCCGCAUUUACUUACAUAGAAAUCUGCGGAUAGUAUAUUCCGAUAAAUCGGAUUAAAUGUUCCUAAACGACAAUUUAUGAAAAUAUACUAUCCGCAGAUUUCUUUGAGAGCAAAGCUAUCGCAUUGCAUACAGCACGAUAUUCAUAAGCUGAAUCGGACAUGAAUCGCGAUAACUUGAACAGCAUGUUCGAAUGUGCAAACAAUAGUCCGAAACGACGAUCAUGGUGCAGUUCUCUGAUAAUAAUGUCAUAGACGCCGUUUGAGCUGCAUAUGCAAAAACUAUUUUCAUCUGUUCAAAAGAGAUUGUAAACUACGAUUAAAAAAAAUUGUCAUCACAGUUAUGCGAAUGUUUAAUGAAUUCAAACUGCGCAAUUAGCCAAAAAGGGCGAAAUGUUUGAAACUCUAUAGCAAAAUAAUAUUUAGUUUUUUCUCUUCAAAAACUGUUUGACUGUGUCCCAUUUGAAGUGAUGAAUCGUCAAAGUGAACACAAUGGAACUAUGGUCAUUACUCCCAUCUGAGUUAAUCUUUUCGGUUGAUAAUCAUAUCAGUUGACUUUGAGAUAGCUCUAAAUUAUUCGUAGCUUCAGUUUGCGUUGCAAAUACAUCGCAUGAAAUCGUUAAAUUUCGUACAACGAACGUGUUCGUUGUCGUUCAAUUCAACUGCAUUCCAAUUCAUUUUGAACAAUAACAUUGAGAGCAAUCUGUUUUGGUUUUUCUCUCGUUCUAACUCUUUGGCUGUGAUUGAAAUGCAGAACAGAGUUGAACCUGUUUCAAUUCCACUGAAGAUCGAAAGAUAUUAAUUUUGUGGCAGCUGGACAAUGGCGAGCACAGGCGAUAACAAUGAGCUGUGAUUAUUGAGCGAAUAAAAUGUUUCAAUUGGAAUUCACCCGUUGUGACCGUUUCUUUUUUUUCUGUUUGCUGUUGUUUGGUUUCCAUGUGUGUCGUCGUGUUCGGUCAAAAGUGUAAAACGGCCACUGACAUGUUAUCACUUUGAAUAGAUCGUUUCCGUAUGAAGUUCAUAAAAAGUGAGCACUGAACGCCCAUUUCAAGCAUUCUACAUAUUCAGUUGUGUCGAUCGGUGGUAGAGAUUUGGUCAACGUUCAAGCGACCAUUCGUUUUUAUUCAUUUUUUGUUUUCAUCUGGGUCGUCUUCUUUUUUUCGUGUGUUAAUUCAGUCAAUUUGUUUGAUCGUUAUUGCGAUGCGUGUACACGUUUUUUCAAUAAUUUUCACGUGCUUUGUCUACGAGGCUGUGGCGCUAGCAAUAAAUUCAAAUAUUGCACCAACAACGCCAUCAAAUAAUACCACGAAGCUUCACGUUGCCAUUUACUAUGAGUCGUUGUGCUCCGAUUCAAUGGAUUUCCUCACAAAUCAAUUCGCUCCAGCAUACGAUUCGCUAAAAGAUUAUAUGGAUGUGCUUUUUGUUCCAUUUGGCAAAGCAGAGAGUGAAAACGGUGGACAGAAUUUCUACUGUCAACAUGGUCCAGCCGAAUGCACGGCAAAUCGCUUACAAUCAUGUGUUUUGGACAUUUUGAAUAACGAUCAAGAUGCUAAAGCCAAAUUUGUUUCAUGCCAAAUGAAAUGGAACGCUGAAUAUACCGGUCGAAAGUGUGCUGAAUUGGUGAGUGCUUCUUAUGCGGACGUGCAAAAAUGCUCGACCGGCCCACAAGGUGUUCAAUUGCAAUUGAAUGCUGAAAAGGAAACUCAAUUCGUUGCCAAACCAUAUCCAUCAUUCAUUCCAACUAUUGUGUACAACAAGCAAUACAACCGGAGCAAGCAAUGGCGAUCGUUGCGAGAUUUCAAGAGAAUUGUAUGCGAAGAAUUGGGUCCACUUGUAACUACGUCUGAUGAAUUAUCAAAAACAUGCGCUAGAAAUUGAUCAGUUUUACAAAUUGAAGCACUUUUUUUCCGUGGUGCAUUUAGUUAAUACUUUCGUAUGAACUUUAUUCCACUUUACUCGCAUCGGUGUUCAUGUUUUGAAUAUAAAAUUAGAAAAUAAGCCGUUAACAAAAACAAUGUAAAUGAGCUGUGGUUCAGAUCACCAUCACGUACAAAUUAUCGCUGCCUAAUUUCAAUAGAGCGCCGCUUCAGUUUGAUAUGCGUCAACAAGAAUGGUCUUUUGUUCAAUUGAAAGCCGAUAUGAACGAAAGCGAUUUCCCCGAAAUUCUGUCGGUGAACCAAUAAAAUGAGCCCGUUUCCAAGCGAAA